AACAGGGGGGAGAGGAGGGAGCGAGGCAGUGGUCCCUCCUAAAGGAAAAGGGGGUGACACACGAGAGUUUGGAAGGUAUAAUGAUUGCCAUCCUGCAGCAAUUUCCCUGUGUCAUGGCUCCGGUAUCCUAGCAACUGCAACGAGUCGGGCCGGCAGCAGCAACAGCAGCCGCUUUCACACUGAGCCAUUCAGGAGCAAGAGUCGCAGCAGCCUGGAAGCAGCAGCAGCAGCAGCUCCGCGGGGCAGGAGACGCCGUCCGCGUCGAGCGGCGGCCGCAACCGCAACCCCUCACAAAAGCCUCGGGGAAGGCGGAGGGAGAGGGGAGGAGCGGAGGGGCGACCCCGAAAUCCGGAGCGCCAGGCAGGAUGCGGGCUGGAGCGGCGGGCGACGCACUUUGCAGAAACUCCAUCUGCUCGCCGCGCCCGGCGGCCCCGGAUGCGGCGAGCCUGAGGCGAGGGAGAGCCUCGCUGCUCUGACGGGGAUGGCUCCGAGUCGACGGGGGGCGGGCUGGAGGGGCCGCGGGGUCUUCGGCGCCCACCUGCCCGGCUGCAAAGUUUCUCCCGGAUUUCUCUCUGGGUUCCGAGGAACUUGCCUGCAGUUCUGACCUCACCCCCCACCCCCCGAUUUUCCCCGGAGCCGAUGCUGCUGUAGGGAACCUUCUCCUGGAUAGCCAGCCAUGAUCGCCACUGGAGGCCUCUUGAGGAUCUCAGCCAGAAAACAGGAUCCCUUACGGCCUCAGGGCCAAGUCUCCAAACACAAGCGCAAAGCAAAAAAAAAACUCAAGAAUGAUGUGGUAGUGGUGAAGGGCAAGCUCAAAAUCUGCUCCCUCUCUGGCCUCAUUGCUGUCUGUGGCAUUCUAGUGCUGCUUGUGGGGAUUGCCUUGGCUGUGGUUGGCUACUGGCCCAAACCCCUUUAUAGGACAGGGGGCCUUGGCCGCAGCCCAUUAUUGAAAUCAUAUGGUAAUGUCCCUGAAAGCCACACCAAGAACUACACACAAGAAACCAGAGAAUCUUACCUAGAAGUCACCAAUUCUUCUUUCUCUGGCAACCAGAAAGCACUUUCUCCUCUGCCUGCCCCGUCAUCACCCUCCAGCUCAAAAAAUUUGCUUUUCCAUUUUUUCUCUAGAUAUUUGCAUUCAGACAAGCUCAAAGUGCUUGGGCCCCUCAUCAUGGGUAUUGGCAUCUUCCUCUUCAUUUGUGCCAAUGCAGUGCUGCAUGAGAAUCGUGACAAGAAGACUAAGGUUAUCAAUCUGAGGGACCUGUACUCCACUGUCAUAGAUGCACACAGCCUUCGGCCAAAGGAUGGGGCUCCCUCUGCUGUGGCCUCGGUCCCAAUAAAUGGCUUUGUUAACUGUGUGCAGUCUCGUGGGCUGGACUUGAAACCUGGCAGCAGCUCGGGAGGAGAAACCUUAGGAGCCACUGCCACGCUUACCAAGAAUACCUGGCACCCAUCUGUGAGUGCACCCCUCUCCCCUCCUGACUUGGCUUCCUCACCUCGCUGCUUCCCCACUUCUAGACAAGAGCAAAUACCCAGCUUGGCUGACGCCGUUUAUAGCAUCUAUAAAGAAAGAGCUGCCUUGGCCCAAAGUGUCCGUAACCCAUCUUGUACCCCCACAGAUAGUUGGGACCAACACAGCACUGCCAGUUCCAUCGUGGGCUCCUCACUGAGCACCUUCACAUUGCUACCACUGGCUCAGGGGGAAACGGCUGAUAGAGACUAUGGUGACUGGCAGAGGCUGCUGGGUGAACGGGAUGGCCAAGAAAUUCCUCGGGGAGAAUUUGAACUUAGUCUAAAAGAUCUCAGGAGCAGCUACCUAGACACAGCACAGGAAUUGACAGUGUUGCCCAGGAUGAACAAGCGUAAAGUAGUGCUUCGACGCCAGAGCACAAGCUGCCUCCCUGAUUCCAGGAGAUCCCUGUUCCCUGAGCCCUCUCAGACACUGGGUAGUAGCACUGACCUUGAUUCCAGUCUUUUAGCUAAAGCUUCAUCUUCCAGCUACUCCAGAUCCCUCGAUUUGGGGGAUUCUCAUCUGCCUACACCAUCUGUGGAUCAGAAAGGUUCCCAGAGCACUCAGUGUGAUCAGUACCGAAGCAAUAAGGGCUACACUCCACUGGAGGAGUCGGGCACCUCCUUGGAGUCUGUUGCCAAUACCCCUGCCCAUAAAGCACCUGAAGACUGUGAAGUUAGCUCCAGUGAGGAAAUUGGCUCCUCACAGAGCACCAGCAAGGAACAAACAGAGCAGCAGCCUUUGAAAAUUCAGAGGCAGUAUACAAAUAAAGAGAAACUUUUCAUGAUCUCAAGAUCAGAUGCCAUUGUUGGCCUGGAAGAUGCAGAUCUGGAAAACAUUGGCAUUUAAAGGUUCAAAUAAGUUGGAGACAAACAUCUAAACAACUUGUAAUCCUUCUGCCCCUUGUGGAUCUGGGAAACGGGCCAACAUCCAAAGAGCCGAAGUAGGUUAUCCUUGAAUUGCAUUGGUCAAUUCUUACAAAAGUCUUCAGGAGUAGCACCUACCAGGUGUUUGCAUUGUAAGCCUCUUUUCUUUUCAAGCCAAAUUGUAGUCCACAAUGACUGUUCAGUAAAUUCAAUGAAAUAACAGGAAUAGAAUGUUUGACAAUAAUUGUGCACUUUACUGAUUUUUUAAAACUCUAUUUGCCCAUUUUCUUUCUAUCUGUUUUUGCUAUGGCAUACCUGCGCACCCUGUCCCCAUCUUUAGAUAAAGGUGGUUUUCAAGCCAGCAAAAUGCAUCUCUCUCUUGAUGUUUUGUUAGUACGGAACACUGUUUUCAAAGGAUUAGCAGCUGAAUACUAGGGAAAAGAUGGCAGCAUCAUCAUGAAACCUGCUAUCCAAAUGACUGUCAGUCAUAUUUAAUAGCUUAAUUUGAUCAACCAUUGCCAACAGAUCAAUGUUGUACUGCGCUGUGAGUCAACCAAUAUCAAUCAGCAGAACAAGAUGAUUCAGUGCCAUUAUACCCCUAUCAGCCUGCAGAUUCUUCAUAACGUUACUCCUUGUUGGAUAUGUGAGAAGAUCUACAGAACACAAGAAAAAAAAAUGGCCUCAUACAUUUAUCUUGUACUAAAAAACAAAUGGAGAUCCAGUUUGGUAUAGUAGUUGAAGCACCAGGCUGGAAACCAAGAGACUUUUGAGUCCUAGCUGUACCUUAACUGACCAGCUGGAUGAUCUUUGCUCACUCUCAGUCCAAGGAAGCAAGCAAUGGCAAGUCACUUCUGAAAAUCUUGCCAAGAAAACCGUAAGGAUUAGUCUAGUUGUCACGAUGAGACCACUACAGUCAACAUUGAUUUGAAGGCAUCAACAACAAAAAAGUAUAGGAUUUCGUACCACAUUACUCUCAUUCAUUUUCCAAACAACAUAGAGGGUAAAAUAAAUGAUUAACCCUAAUCCUUUUAAGUGUUUCCAGAAAAAAAGGAAAAAUUUAAAAUAUUUUUAAUUACACAAUUGCUUAUGUUAAUAAUGUAUUUGAUAAUUACGCCUUUAAAACCAUCAAAUGUAUGCAAGUAAUACCAAAUAAAAACAAGUCUUAGGCAAAAAAAAA